AAAUAUACUAAGCUCGUAUCCCGCCCCGUCUUCCCGCCGUUGCCUUGCCGAGAGAGAUCGAAAGUUUUUCCGCAAAAGCUUUUCCUGAUGUUUUUGUGACCAGCGGGAGCGCAGCGAGGGAAUGAUGAGUGAGGCCGAGAAGAGAAGAGUCGCCCCGAGUCCAGGAAAGAAGAGGAACCAGCAGGGAUAUCAAGCUAAAGCGGAGGCCCAAGAAAAACUAGAUGGUUGCUUUAAGGAGAUGCAUGAGGCUUUCUCCAGGACAAAACAGGCCUUUAUAUCAUACAAGUCCAAAAGUUUCUUCUUUCCUGAUCCUGAAUUUAUCAAGAAGUUUACUUACUACCUGAAACAGGUGGAGGGGAACUUACUGGAUAUGGGAAAUGUCUUAAGUGGCUGGGAUAAAAAGAAUUUUGACUUGGAGCCACAAGCAACUGUGAAGACAAGUGCAUCAGGACUAAAGACAGAAAAAGACCAGCCCAGCGAGAGCAUUGGCCAAACACCACAGCACAAUGGCAACACUGUAAAGGAUGAAGCAACGGUCAGCAUUACACCCCCCGCCUCAGAAGCUGGCAAUGAUGAGGACUUGUUGGUUCCUGGUUUCGAAAUGGGCAAACCCUUGCAAAAAUUAGCAGAAUCUUCUAAAGCACAAAUGCCAGAAAAGAAACGACGCCACAGGCAUUUGGAAGGCUCCCAAUCACCAAAGAAUGUUAAACGACCGCGCAGGAGUCUAAUUGAAGAUUACCUUACACUCCCAAACAAGGAUAAGAACCAUGAACAAAAUGGCAAGGAACAGUCUCAGGAGGAGGAAGAAGAAGCAGAAUAUGAAGUUGAGACCAUUGUCAGUUUUAAGAAGAGUGAGGGUCAGUACUUUUACAAUGUAUUAUGGCGAGGCUAUGGUCCGGAAGACAAUACCUGGGAACCUUCAGAGAAUUUGACCAGCUGUGCAGAACUGCUUGUUGAUUUUUACAAGGCAAGAUUUCUACAUAGAGAUAGACUAACAUCAGAAGAAGAGUUCAGCAGCUAUCCACUGCCCAGCGACCCAAGUACAAAGAAUCUACAGCGUGAGGCAAUCCUGGCUAUUGCCUCCGACCCAACUAGGCAGAAUUUGGAGAAAUCACUAAAGGUCUUGUUAUCUCCAAAGCCAGUUGUUCCUAAGAUGGAGAUUAAAAUCAAUGAAUUAGCGGACAAAGUUAUUGCAACUAAAAAGAGGGAGAGAUACGAUAAACUAAUACAGAUGUUAGUGGAGCAUGUAACAUUAAGAGAGGUAGAGACGAAGCGCAAAAAGCAGUUAGCUGAACUACGGAUGUGGGAGCGAAAAAUCAAUUCAGUGUGCAGUGAUCCUGCUAAAUUGACUGUGGAGAAUAAUGUUGACCUCGAACUUCCAGCAAUGAAUUUUAUAUACAUCAAUGAACUAAGAGCUGGACCAGGGGUAACAAUCCCAUCAGAACCAGUGCUUGGCUGUGAGUGUGAGGACUGUUUCAACAAUUGCAAGUCCUGCUGUCCUGACCAGAUGAAUUCCUGGUUUGCCUACAAUAAGUAUGGGAGAUUAAAA